AUGAAUAGAAAGGUUGUUGACGACACUGUUUGGAAGCCUGAUUCAUGCCAGGAUUGUCGUUGCCAUGGUGACAUUGUCGUCUGCAGGCCUGUUGUUUGCAAAAACCCUCAGUGUGACUUUGAGAAGGGAGAAGUGCUUCGAAUAGCUGCCAACCAGUGCUGCCCGGAGUGUGUGUUGAGAACCGAAGGACUGUGCCAUCAUGAAGGGAAGACCCAUGGGCAUGGGACAGAGUGGACAACCUCUCGAUGCACCAUCUGCUCUUGCAGUCAUGGAGAAGUUAGAUGCACCCAGAGGCCAUGCUCACAUCUUUCUGGGCCCCAAGAGCUGGAAUCCAUCCCUGAAAAUGCCUGCUGUCCAAAUGUGUGGGCCUUGCAGUGAUCCUGUUCCUUUGAUGGUCAUUUGCUUCUGGAUGGUGAGGAAUGGCAGCCGAGCAAAUGUUCUAAAUGUGUGUGCAGAGACGGACCCCCGUGCUUCACUGCUCAAUGUCAGCCGCUGCUCUGUGGCCAGGAUGAAGAGGUGGCUCGCCUCCCUCAGAAAUGCUGCCCGCAGUGUCUUCCAAGAUCUUGUGCUUCGGCUGGGAAAGUGUACCAGCAUGGUGAGCAGUGGACUGAAAAUGCUUGUACUACAUGUGUAUGUGACAAAGGAGAACCCAGAUGCCACAAACAAGAGUGUCCUCCGCUCACCUGUGAAAAGGGUCAGAACAAAGUACACCAUCCCAGGGAGUGCUGUGAUAAAUGCGUGGCAUCUACAGGAAAUUGCUUGGAUAAUGGGAUUCUUAGGUAUCAUGAUGAAAUGUGGAAGGGCUCUGCUUGUGAAUUUUGCACAUGUGAGCAAGGUCAGGUGACUUGCCAUGUUGGAGAAUGUGCCAGCGUGAAGUGUACCCAGGAUGAAGAAUUAAUCCACUUGGAUGGAAAAUGCUGUCCUGAAUGUGUUUCAAGACAUCAGCAUUGUCUUUAUGAAGAACAGAUAAAAGAUGUGAGUGAAGGAGAAAAGUGGAACGAUGGUCCAUGCAAAAUGUGUGAGUGCCGAGAUGCCCAAGUAAUCUGUUAUGAACCUUCCUGCCUCCCAUGCCCAGUGGGCACGUUGGCAGUGGAAGCUGUGGGUCAGUGCUGCCCAGCUUGCAAAUCAGUCCCUUGUCAUCCAGACUGCCUGGCUUGUUCUCAGUCUCCAGACCACUGUGACCUCUGCCGAGAUCCCAGGAAGCAUCUGCAGGAUGGACGCUGUGUGCAUAGCUGUGACGCAGGAUUCUACCAGAGUGGUAGCCUUUGUUUAGCCUGCCAGCAGGAGUGUGCCGUGUGUACCAAUGGGUUUGAAUGUUCCUCCUGCCCACCCUCCCUGCUGAUGAAAGAGAGGCAGUGUGUGGCUGCCUGCGGGAAAGGAUUCUACCAGGAUCAUCACUACUGUUUAGGUUGCCACAGAUCCUGUGCUACGUGCCAGGGACCAACCGAGAAGAACUGCUUGUCUUGCCAGGAUCAGUUCCAAGUGCUCAGAGAAGGUUCUUGUGAGGGCAGCUGUGGUCAGGGGUUUUACAACAAGAAUGGCGUCUGUGAGGCUUGUGACCCAUCCUGUGAGAGCUGUGGUCCGGAGAGUCCUCGCUGUCUGACGUGUGCUAAGAAUACCGUAUGGCAUGAUGGCCGGUGCAUCCCAGAAUGCCCUCCUGGGCACUAUCCUGAUGGCACAGGCAGAUGUUCAGGUUGCCAUGUUUCAUGUGCCAGCUGCAAAGGCCCCUCAGCUGCCCAUUGUACUUCCUGUCCCCAUUCUUGGGUGUUGCACCAAAACCAGUGCCUCUCCGACUGUGGACAGAGUUUUUACCCUGAUCAUGGCAUCUGCAAAGCUUGUCAUCCCUCGUGCCUGAAUUGUGUUGGUCCAGAACCUUCCAAUUGCACCCAGUGCAGGAAACCAGAGGAAGGGGUGCAAGCUGAAUGGGUAUCUGGAGAAGUCCUCUCUGGCACGUGUGUGUUCCAGUGCAAACCCCAUUUUUACUUGGAGAACACUGGAAUCUGUGAAGCUUGUCAUGAUUCCUGUUUGGCAUGCCAAGGGAAGAGCCCAGACAAUUGCACAUCCUGCAUAUCUUCUCAGGUACUCUUGGAUGGCCAAUGCUUCCCCCACUGCCCACAAGGAUUUUUCAUCCAGGAGGGUAUCUGCUCCAUGUGCCAUCCCUCGUGCAGACAGUGCCGGGGCCCUACGGACUCUGACUGCCUCGCUUGCCAUCCUCAUGCUCUUCUCGUGAGUGGAACCUGCAGGACCAGCUGUAAAGAGGAACAGUACCUGAACCUCGUGGGCUAUUGUGUGGACUGCCACCCCCUGUGCCAACAAUGCGUAGCUGACCUCCAUAACACUGGCAGCAUCUGCCUCAGGUGUCAGAAUGCCCGCUACUUGUUGCUGGGGGACCACUGUGUUUCUAGUUGUCCCACUGGAUACUAUGCAGAGGAUGGAGCUUGUAAACGGUGUCACUUAUCCUGCAAAAGCUGCUAUGGCCCUGGCCCCUUCUCCUGCUCCUCAUGUGAUGCCAAUCUCAUCUUGUCUCAUAGUGGCUUGUGUACCAGUGCCUGUUUCCCAGGGCACUACCUGGACGAAAGCAAUGCCUGCCAACCAUGUGACGCCCAGUGCUGGAGCUGUGAUUCCCCAUCAAGAUGCACCUCUUGCAAGGACCCAGCUAAGGUCCUUCUCUUUGGAGAAUGUCAAUAUGAGAGCUGUGCCCAGCAGUACUACCUUGACUUGUCUACCAAGACGUGCAAAGAAUGUGACUGGAGCUGCAACUCGUGCCAGGGUCCACUGAGCACAGACUGCCUGCAGUGCAUGGAUGGCUAUGUGCUUCAGAACAGCAUCUGCGUGGAGCAGUGCUCGCUUUCCUUUUACAGAGACUCAGACUAUUGCAAGAGCUGUGGUGAUCAUUGUCUUGAGUGUCUGGGUCCCCAUGAGUGUACUCGCUGUGAAGAACCAUUUCUCCUCCUUGAAGCUCAGUGUACCCAGAAAUGCAGCCAGCGGUAUUAUGUAGAUACCAGGACACAGAGAUGCAUGGCCUGUCCCCCAGGGUGUUUGGAGUGCAGCCAUGAGGAACAGUGCCAUCUCUGUGAUCAUGGCAUGUCUCUCAAGAACGGGCUUUGUGUCUCCAGCUGUGCUCCCAGCUUCUCUGGCCACCUCCAGAAUGGAACGUGUCAUGGCAGCACCUAUACUCAUAUCCUUCAGAAGAAUGCUUCUCUUGCCCUGGGGAUUGGCUCAGUGAGGCCCCUGGAUUUCUCCUUGCUGAACGCCCAUGCUGGAGAAGGCAGAAGCACAGACCUCCUGUUCCAUGUUGUCAACAUCCCCACCAAUGGCCAGUUGGUGCUCCUGGUGGAUGGGAAAGAGGUCUCCUUGGGUGCAGCUGACCACUUUAACUGGGAAGACCUGAAAGAGAAGAGAGUACGUUUUGUGCACAGCAAAGACAAGCCCAGGAAAGGCCAUUUUUCACUGAAAGUGAGUGACCAGCACUUCUUCUCUGAACCACAACUGAUCAACGUCCAAGCAUUUUCCACACAGGCUCCUUAUCUGCUGAGGAAUGAAGCUCUUUGCAUCAGCACAGGGGAAAGUGCCGCCAUCACUACCCAGCUGCUGGAUAUCCGAGAUGAUGACAAUCCCCAGGACGUGAUAGUGGAGGUGGUAAAUGCCCCUCGUUAUGGCCAGCUCCUCCAGCCACUGCGUGAUCCGGGUGUCCCUGUUCAUCACUUCCUGCUGGAUGACCUGGCCAGAGGCUUUCUCUACUACACACAUGACGGCUCAGCCAGUACUUCUGAUGCCAUUCUCCUGCAGGCCAGUGAUGGGUACUCCUUCCAGAAUAUACUGUUCAAAGUACAGAUCAUGCCAAAGAUUGAAGGAGAGCUUCAGCUGGUGGCUAACUCACUGGUGUGGGUCCCAGAAGGAGGAAUGCUGCCGAUCACCAACAGGAUCUUACGGGCUGAAGUCCUUGGUGCCAGUGACUCUGAAAUCAUCUACACAAUUUCUCAAGACCGCCCAAGAUUUGGGGAGGUGGUUCUUUUGAUGAACAUGCCCGAAGGAAGUCCAGUGGAUGGGAGGCAGCACCUGCCUGAUGGAAGAAUGGCGACGCCCACCAACACGUUCACCCAGCAAGAUAUCAAUGAAGGCAUUGUGUGGUACAAGCAUUCGGGUCCCCAGGCACAAAGUGAUUCCUUCAACUUUCAGGUGUCCAGUAUGACUGCCCCCCAGGCCCAUCUGGAGAACCAAGUAUUCAACAUUGCCAUCUUGCCAAAGACACCUGAACCUGCAAAGCUUUUCCUGGGAGCCAAUCUGCAUAUGACUGUUCAGGAGGAUCGACUGAGCGUGAUACAGCCUCACCACCUUUCUUUUGUUGACUCUAAGAGUCCAAGUGGAAAGAUUGUGUACAAUAUCACCGUCCCUCUGCGUCCAAAUCAAGGUAUCAUCGAGCACAAAGACCGGCCUCACUUCCCCAUUCAGCAUUUCACGCAGGCAGAUGUUAACCAAGGAAAAAUCGUGUACCGGCCUCCCACUGCAGCACCCCAUCUCCAAGAGAUCAUGGCCUUCUCCUUUGCUGGUCUUCCAGAAUCCGUGAACUUCCGUUUCACAGUUUCAGAUGGAGAACACACAACAGAAGAAAUGAUGUUUACCAUCCACUUACUUCCCAUUCAUCAGCAACCCCCGCUGUUCCAGAUCACAGUUCCAUUUCUUGAGGUCAGCCGAGGAGGCCAAGCUAAUGUGGGGAUUCAGCUGGCAAUGAGUGAUACCAACAUGACUCCUGAAGACCUUUCCUUUGAGCUAGUGAAGCCACCCCUGCAUGGCACACUCUUCAAGAACACAGCCAAGUUCCAAGGGCGCAUGAACACAGGUGACCCCUUUACCUAUGACGACAUCACCCAGAAUGCACUACAGUAUGUUCACGAUGGCUCAUCGGCCACAGAAGAUAGCAUGGAGAUCUCUGUCACUGAUGGCAUUGCCACAGCAACUACGUUGGUGAACGUGGAGGUGUCAUGGGCCGACCGCAGUGGUCCCUGGCUGGCCGCAGGCUCCUCGCUGACGGCUACUGUCCCCAGCAAAAGUUCUGUCACCCUUACUAGAUCACACCUUGCUUAUGUGGAUAAUUCCUCCCCUGACUCAAAGAUAUGGAUUCAUUUGCUUUCUUUACCAAUGCAUGGGACUCUCACAAGAACAUCAGGCCUAGUGGUAGAAGAGCUCUCAGAGAUUUCCAACUUCACAAUGGAAGACAUCAACAGUCAGAAAAUCAGGUACUCAACUUCAUUUGAGACAGACAGUCAACCAAUUACUGAUAUUUUCCAAUUCUCUGUCUCUGAUGCUGACAAAAACCAACUGAAAAAUCAAAAAUUCACUGUCAUUAUCACACCUGUCCAGAAUUUGCCUCCUGUUUUCACUUUUGCUGACCUUAUCACCGUUGAUGAAGGUGGGAGAGCACCACUCACAUUUCACCAUUUCCUGGCUGUGGAUCCUGGGAACCUCCAGAGAGACACAGAAGUCAAAAUAAGCACUUUGCCUACAUAUGGCUUCAUUGAGAACACCAGGACAGGUAGUCGUUUUGGUCCUGGAGGCACCAGUGACUUGGAAGCAUCCUUCCCUUUUCAGGAUAUUCUAGAAAACCACAUUUACUACUUUCAGAGUGUUCAUGAGAGCAUUGAGCCAACCAGUGAUGUCUUCAGUUUCUAUGUGAGUGAUGGAUCUGGCCGUUCAGAGAUUUACAGCAUCAACGUCACCAUUGAGAAGAGAAAUGAUGAGUCUCCCAAGAUGACCAUCCAGCCCAUCAGGGUGCAAGAGCGCUCAGGAGUGGUGAUCAGAAAUACAUCUCUGAGUCUGCAGGACUUGGAUACUCCAGAUAAUGAACUGGUUUUUGUAUUAACAAAAAAGCCUGACCAUGGUUCUCUCCAUCGAAGGCAGUUUUCCUCAGAGCCCCUGGAGAAUGGCCGGAUCUUAUCCCAGGGGUCUUCCUUCACUUACCAGGACAUCCUGGAUGGCUUGAUCGUCUAUACCCCUGGUGGUCCUGGUGUGGCUGUGGAUGAGUUCCGUUUCUCCCUCACAGAUGGCCUCUACACUGAGACUGGGAGAGUGGAACUCUCCAUGGAGCUCCCCAAGAGCAAGCCUCCCCAACUUGCUAUGAACAGAGGCCUGCAGCUGUCAGCAGGUUCUGUUGCCCGGAUCACAGAUCAACACUUAAAAGUGGCAGGUACCAUUUUGGAUGACCUGAAGGUUACAUAUGUCAUGAAGAAAGAUCCCAGUGUAGGGCGCUUGCAGCUGGCAAGGAAUGACAAUCUGGAGCAAAUCUCAGUUAAGGGACCCGUCAAGAGUUUCACUCAAGAUGACAUCAGCCAAGGAUGGGUUGAAUACAAACAUGAGAAAGGAGAAUCCGGUGGCAGUUUUGCUUUUAAAUUUGAUGUGGUUGAUGCUGAUGGCAACAAGCUGACUGACCAGUCAUUCUCCAUCAGCGUCCUAGAAGACAGAUUCCCACCCACCGUCAUAGUCAACAAAGGACUGGUCCUGGACGAAAACUCAGUAAAGAAAAUCACAACUCUGCAGCUGUCAGCCACUGACCCGGACAGUGAGCCUGGGGAGUUAAUCUACAGGAUUACAAGGCAACCCCAGCUGGGAUAUUUAGAACACGCAGCAUCACCAGGCAUCCAGAUCAGCUCCUUCACUCAAGCGGACCUCACUGCUCGAAGCAUCCAAUAUAUCCACACCAGCGAGGUGGAAAACCACAGUGAUGCCUUUACCUUCACGGUUUCUGAUGGAACCAACCUGGUGAGUCAGACCUUUCACAUCACUAUCAACCCUGUGGAUGACUCAUUACCCAUUGUACAAAACACAGGAAUUCGGGUGCAGGAAGGGGUGAGAAAAACAAUUACAGAGUUUGAGCUUAAAGCUGUGGAUGCCGAUACAGAGGCAGAGUCUGUCACAUUUACCAUAGUUCAGCCCCCACGACAUGGCACUAUUGAACACACGAGCAAUGGGCAACAUUACCGCCAGACUGCCACCUUCACCAUGGAAGACAUCUACCAGAACAAGAUCAGCUACAGCCAUGAUGGCAGCAACUCCCUCAAAGACCGUUUUACCUUCACUGUCUCUGAUGGGACUAAUCCCUUCUUCAUUGUUGAGGAAGGAGGAAAAGAGAUUGUGACAGCAGCACCCCAGCGGUUUAAAGUGGACAUCCUUCCAGUGGAUGAUGGUACCCCAAGGAUUGUCACCAAUUUGGGCUUGCAGUGGCUGGAGUAUAUGGAUGGACAGGCAACCAACUUGAUCACCAAGAAAGAACUACUGACCAUGGACCCAGAUACAGAGGAUAAGCAUCUUGUCUAUGAGAUAACAACUGGACCCAGACAUGGCUAUGUAGAGAACAAACUUCAACCUGGCCGAGCUGCCACAACUUUUACCCAGGAGGAUGUCAACUUGGGUUUGAUACGUUAUGUGUUAAAUGAAGAGAAGAUCCAUGAGACGAUGGACAGCUUUCAGUUCCUAGUGAAAGACAGCAAACCCAAUGUGGUCAGUGACAAUGUCUUCCAUAUCCAGUGGUCCCUGAUCAGCUUUAAACAUACCAGUUACAACGUCAGUGAGAAGGCCGGCUCUGUCAGUGUCACUGUGAAGAGAACCGGAAACCUCAACCAAUACGCCAUCGUCCUGUGUCGUACUGAACAGGGGACAGCCAUCUCCAGUUCCAACCCAGGCUCCAAACAUGGGCACCAAGACUACGUGGAGUAUGCCGGCCAGGUACAGUUUGAUGAACGAGAAGAUACAAAAUCCUGCACCAUUGUAAUUAAUGAUGAUGAUAUAUUCGAGAACAUUGAAAGCUUCACUGUAGAGCUCAGCAUGCCAGCUUAUGCCUUGCUGGGAGAGUUCACCCAGGCCAAAGUCAUUAUCAAUGACACCGAAGACGAACCUACAUUACAGUUUGAUAAGAAGAUCUACCGGGUCAAUGAGAGUGCCGGGUUCCUGUUUGCACCUAUUGAAAGAAAAGGAGAUUCCAGCAGUAUCAUAUCCGCCAUUUGCUACACCAUCCCCAAAUCAGCUAGGGGAAGCAGUCUCUACGCUCUAGAAUCAGGAUCUGAUUUUAAGUCAAGGGGAAUGUCAUCCGAGAAUCGUGUGAUAUUUGGACCUGGCGUCACUACUUCCACCUGUGAUGUCAUGGUGAUUGAUGAUAGCGAGUACGAGGAAGAAGAGGAGUUUGAGAUUGCGCUAGCGGGUGCUUCGGACAAUGCCCGAAUUGGGAGUGUGGCUUCAGCCAAGGUUUUCAUCGGGGGCCCCAACGAUGCCUCCACUGUGUCCCUGGGCAGCACAGCAUACACCGUCAGUGAAGACGCAGGCACGGUGGAUAUCCCGGUUGUCCGGCAUGGUACUGAUCUUUCCACUUUCACAUCAGUGUGGUGUGCAACCCGUCCUUCUGAUCCACCCUCUGCUACUCCGGGGGUUGACUAUAUCCCAAGCUCUAAAAAGGUGGAAUUUCGGCCUGGUGACACUGAGCAGCACUGCACGUUGGUCAUCUUGGAUGAUGCUCAGUAUCCCGCGAUCGAAGGGUUGGAGACAUUUGUGGUUUUCUUGAGCUCAGCGCAAGGGGCAGAGAUGACAAAACCUUCCCAAGCCAUCAUUGCCAUCAAUGACACAUUUCAAGAUGUGCCCAACAUGCAGUUUGCUAAGGAUUUGUACCUAGUGAAGGAAAAGGAUGGCAUCCUGCACAUUCCCAUCAUUCGAAGUGGGGACCUAAGCUAUGAGUCCUCAGUGAGAUGCUACAGCCAAAGCCUAACAGCCCAAGUCAUGGUGGACUUUGAGGAGAGGAAGAAUUCAGAUGAUUCACGUAUCACAUUUCUGAAAGGGGAGAAGGUGAAGAACUGCACCGUCUAUAUCAACGAUGACUCCAUUUUUGAACCAGAAGAACAGUUCAGGGUCUACCUUGGCCAUCCUCUUGGAAACCACUGGAGUGGGGCAAGAAUAGGGAAAAGUAACAUGGCCACCAUCACCAUAUCCAACGACGAAGAUGCCCCAACUAUUGAGUUUGAAGAGGCUGCAUACCAAGUCCGGGAACCUGCUGGGCCAGAUGCUCUUGCAAUUCUGAACAUCAAAGUGAUCCGGAGAGGAGACCAGAAUCGGACUUCCAGGGUCCGCUGCAGUACUCGAGAUGGUUCUGCCCAGUCUGGUGUGGAUUAUUACCCCAAGAGCCGUGUCCUGAAGUUCAGUCCUGGCGUGGAUCACAUCCUGUUCAAAGUGGAGAUUCUGUCCAAUGAAGAUCGGGAGUGGCACGAGUCCUUCUCCCUGGUCCUGGGCCCUGAUGACCCCGUGGAAGCAGUCCUUGGUGAUGUGACCACUGCUACGGUGACAAUCCUGGACCAGGAAGCUGCUGGAAGUCUCAUAUUACCAGCACCACCCAUUGUGGUCAUGCUUGCUGACUAUGACCAUGUGGAAGAAGUGACCAAGGAAGGGGUCAAGAAAUCGCCCUCCCCAGGGUACCCACUGAUCUGCGUCACUCCUUGUGACCCUCACUUCCCCAAGUAUUCCAUCAUGAAGGAACGCUGCGUGGAGGCUGGAAUCAAUCAGACCUCUGUCCGAUUUAGUUGGGAAGUAGCAACGCCCACGGAUGGCAAUGGGGCAAGGUCUCCCUUUGAGACCAUCACUGACAACACACCAUUCACCAGUGUCAACCACAUGGUACUGGACAGUAUCUACUUCAGCCGGAGGUUCCACGUGCGCUGUGUGGCAAAGGCUGUGGACAAGGCGGGACACUUGGGGACCCCUCUGAGAAGUAACAUUGUUACCAUAGGGACAGACAGUGCUAUCUGUCACACCCCUGUCGUGGCUGGGACCGCCAGAGGCUUCCAAGCUCAGUCCUUCAUCGCUACCCUGAAAUACCUUGAUGUCAAACACAAGGAGCAUCCCAACAGGAUCCACAUCUCGGUCCAGAUCCCACACCAGGAUGGCAUGCUGCCUCUCAUCUCGACAAUGCCAUUACACAACGUGCAUUUUCUCUUAUCAGAGUCCAUCUACAGACAUCAACAUGUCUGCUCGAAUCUCAUCACCAUCGGGGAUCUGAAAGGUAUCUCGGAAGCAGGAUUCUUGGAUGAAGUCAUCUAUGACAACAUCGCCCUGGGCCCGGGCUACGAUCGUCCUUACCAGUUUGAUCCCACGGUGAGGGAAGCCAAGACCAUCCAACUCUACAAACACCUGAACCUCAAGAGCUGCACAUGGACCUUCGAUGCUUAUUACGACAUGACAGAACUGAUCGACGUCUGUGGGGGAUCUGUGACUGCUGACUUUCAGGUGAGAGACUCUGCUCAGUCAUUCCUCACCGUCCAUGUUCCCCUGUAUGUGUCUUACAUCUACGUGACAGCGCCCAGGGGCUGGGCCUCCCUUGAUCACCACACAGAAAUGGAGUUCUCUUUCUUCUAUGACACUGUCCUCUGGAGAACAGGAAUUCAGACAGAAAGUGUGCUCUCGGCAAGGCUUCAGAUAAUAAGGAUUUACAUUCGAGAAGAUGGUCGUCUGGUAAUCGAAUUCAAGACCCAUGCCAAAUUCAGAGGACACUUCGUCAUGGAGCACCAUACCCUCCCCGAUGUGAAGUCUUUUAUAAUGACUCCAGACCACCUAGGAGGCAUCGAGUUUGAUCUACAACUUUUGUGGAGUGCCCAGACUUUUGAUUCACCAUAUCAGCUCUGGAGAGCGACUAGUUCUUAUAACAGGAAGGACUAUUCAGGGGAGUAUACCAUCUACUUAAUCCCUUGUACCGUACAGCCCACACAGCCAUGGAUUGACCUUGGAGACAAGCCACUGCCCUGCACAGCACAUGCUCCAGAAAGAUUUUUGAUACCUAUUGCAUUCCAGCAGACUAACCGCCCAGUGCCGGUUGUCUAUUCACUCAACACUGAGUUUCAGCUAUGCAACAAUGAGAAAGUGUUCCUGAUGGACCCCAGCACAUCUGACAUGUCACUGGCAGAAAUGGAUUACAAAGGGGCUUUUUCAAAGGGUCAGAUCCUCUAUGGUCGUGUGCUUUGGAAUCCUGAGCAGAACCUCAACUCAGCUUACAAACUGCAGCUGGAGAAGGUCUACCUCUGUACUGGCAAGGAUGGCUAUGUGCCUUUCUUUGACCCCACUGGGACAAUCUACAACGAAGGGCCACAAUAUGGAUGUAUUCAACCUAAUAAGCACUUAAAACACAGAUUCUUGUUGCUGGAUCGAAGUCAACCAGAAGUCGUUGAUAAAUACUUCCAUGAUGUGCCUUUUGAUGCCCACUUUGCUUCUGAUUUAUCUGAUUUCCACAUGGUCAGUAGCAUGCCAGGUGUGGAUGGAUUUAUUCUGAAAGUUGAUGCACUUUAUAAGGUGGAAGCAGGCCACCAGUGGUAUCUCCAGGUCAUCUACAUCAUUGGCCCUGACACCAUCUCCGGGCCACGAGUGCAGCGGUCUCUCACCUCCCCAGUGAGGCGCAGCCGCAGGGACUUUGUGGACCACACGGGCCGACUGACCCUCGAUGAUUCCCUCAUCUAUGACAAUGAAGGGGACCAAAUCAAGAAUGGCACCAACAUGAAAUCAUUGAACCUGGAGAUGCAGGAGUCUGUAGUGGCCGCUUCUUUGUCCCAAACCGGAGCGUCGAUCGGGAGUGCCCUUGCUGCUGUCAUGCUCCUGCUGCUAGUGCUUUUAUUGGCUUAUUUCAUCACCAGAAAAUGCCAAAAGCAAAAGAAGAAAAGAGCCCCAGAGGACAUCUUGGAGGAAUUCCCUCUGAACACCAAGAUAGACAUAUCCAAGAGAAACCCCGACAGGCUGGAAAAGAACAUGAACAGACAGUAUUGCACUGUGCGAAACAUCAAUCUCUUGAGUGAGAAUGAGGGGGCCUACAAAUUCAAAGGUGUCACAGUCAAAAGAGUCAAUCUGGAAGUCAAAGUUCAUAACAAUUUACAAGAUGGAACUGAAGUUUGAUGGCAGCGACCCAUCUGUAUUUUUUCUAAAAAUCUUUUUAUAAGUGGUAAAAAAAUAAUAAUAAUAAUUAAAAAAGGUUACUGGUAUUUUUAUAAUCUUAUGGAAAAAGGGAAAACUAUAGCUUUGAGUGGUGGCCUGCACUAUAUCACAUGCUUCAACUCACAGCUGAGCUACCUUAUCCAGGGAAGAACCAAGGGAGGCCAUUGGGACAGGAAACAUUGAGUAGGUGGUGUUUCUGUGGGUAUUCUGUGGGUUCGUUUUUUUCAACAUCAGCAAAUGAAUCUUUUUAUCAUGGUGGUCUUGGGAGACUAGGACUUCAUCUAUCAGUUGAUGGGGAUAUGAUGAUUUUAAAAAAAGAAAGUGUGCUACAAUGGGAAAAGGAUUGGAUUUAGAGCUUGGAAGACUAAGUUUCAGAUCCCAGUUCUGGCAUUAACACACUAUAUAACUUUAAGAAAGUUACUCCAUUUCUGUAAAGUGGAAGGAGUCGGACUGGAUAGUUUCAGUGGUACCUUUCAAUUCCAAAGCCUAUGAUCUGAAGGUAUUCACUUCCACUUCUCCUCUGCCUUUCCUAAGCCCUUGGAUGACCCACCCCCGGACUGUUGACCCAUUCACUCCCAUUGGGACUUUUUGUUAUUUGUUUAUUGUUUCCAGGCACGAUUACCAUUUGAUAUUUACUGUUCACACUUCACACUGUUAGUGCACUUUUCUCUAAGGAGUUUCCAAGUUCUUCCUAAGACUUUUCCACAGCCCCCGUAAGAACGCUUCAGGCUUCCCUUGGCAGCUAGCAGGCGUAGAUAUGUGCCCACUUCACAGUGCAGAAAAUUGAGAUCUGGAAAAAUUGAAGGCUUGGCCAGCAUCUCGGAGCAAAUCGUUGUUUGUUUGUUUAUCUACCCCAAAAUGAGUAAGAUCCUUUCCUGACUCCCGGGCUAACCCAAUGCUAUCCAGAGAGAUGAAUCAAUGCAUCAAGCCCUUAUUUGUUAAAUGUCUGCAUGCUUUCCCAUUCAACAGCUAUCCACAUAGUCAUGGAUGCACUUUAGACUUGAGUCUUUCCUAGAAAACCCACCAUGAUAUCUUGCUCUCCCAGGUUUCACAUACCUACUACUUGACAGUAGAGUACCCUGUGCUCUUAUUUGCUGUGGAUUUUAGAGCUACUAGUAUUUCAGGAAAUGUAUAUGUUGUAUUUAAUUGGGGCAAAUUACAGAAAAGCCAAGGAGAGAAUCCAGCUAGAAUUGAGCAGAGGACAGCUGGGUGCUUCCUGAUUUCUUUUGCUACGUCCAUCUGCCCUCCCUUGUUGUCUUCCUGACAAAGUGAGUCAGGUGUUUCUUUUAGGGGUUUCUUAUCUGGUAGCUCAGGUGCGUGAUUUGGCCACAUCUGUUCAUGGUGAAGUCACGGAUAUGUGGUGUUAAUAUAAUGCUAUGGCCAGAGGUCAGUUUAACUACUGUAGGUGCAUCAUAUGCUUGGCUUGCUUUUUCUUUUAAUCUUUGACGUAGCCUUAUUGGCAUAUAAAUAAGCAUGUGUGCCAAAGGCAACUUUGAAUUAGAAACAACAUUCUUAUCCAGGUUUACCGAGAGCCACUGUCCCUUGAUGCAUGACUUCUCACAAGCACGUUUUAUAACACUGGUGAUCGUAUGUGUAGUUGGAAGACCCCAGCUAUGGGUGAACCUUCAGAACUAGAAGCAUUGUACCAAAAGUGUUAGUAAGAACUAACCAUGAAAGGCUUCUAGGCACUUAGGAAAAUGGUGAGGAAACGAAAUUAACUACUAAUGUGGUGUUAUUAAGAAGGCAAGUAGAGGACACUUUUCUCCAUGGACGAUGGAAUCAUCUUGCAAUUGGGCAAAGACAGACAGUGUCAACUAGCUGGAUCUGAUGGCAACACCAGUGGGGGAUGGGUAGAAAGCGAACCAUGGUCUGUCUGUUGGCAGCUGGAGUUAGGAACAUGGAUCAAGUCUGGAUACCUCCGAUGCCUGUAUUCUUCGGUAAAUUACAUGCACACGGGAAAGAGGAGACCAAAAGAUCCUAGCAUCAAUAUCUAAUGUCUGAGAUAUUGAUAACACUCUCCAUGCUUUGCUUUCAUGUAACAACUUUUUGUGACCAUGCAUUUAUUAAGCACCUAUUGUGUUCAAAGCACUGUAUACUGUAUAGAUGAAACGUGCUAGCUGCUGGCAUGGAGGAUUAUCCCCUCUGUGAAUUAUCCCUACCUGCCUUUUUUCCACUAUAUACUCAACUGAAGGCUAUGGCUUCCUCUAUUACAUGGACACACUGAAUGUAAAGUGUUAAGACAUGUGGAACUGAGAUUUUUCUUGUUUGGUUCACUGUUGUCAGCAUUUUUUUAUCCACUUGGGAUUUGAUGAACUUGAUCGUGCAACUGAUAACUUUUAUGGUAUUUGAUUUCAGCUGGGUCUGUGCCCUUGUCUUGCACAUCUCUCUGCAUUUCACCAUGCAGGUUAGGAGGAACAAAGAACCAUCCGUGCUUUGUUCUUUUCCAUGUAUGUUACGGUAUGUUAAAGAGGAAGAGGGUGAUCCUUUGCCCUGGUUGUCCUUUGCUGUUCUUUUGCUGAAUCGUAUAAACAUUAGAGGACUCAUAUAGAUUCUUGUUGUGGGCAGGACAGUUGCCAACACUUUCUUAUAUAGUUCUGAAGUUCUCUGUCUCAGUGUGUGGAAGUUGAUCUUCCUACCAUGAUUGUUACUCAGAGUAUUACCCUAUCACCCACACCCCUGAUCUGAUGGUGUAAUCCAUUUGUGGUGCUGUCUUCCUGAUUUCUUGAAUCUCUUGUGAUUUUUGUAUUUUCAUUGCUAAUCUAUGUGUUACAGAUUUCUGAUUUCUUCAACAGCACAUGCCAUAAUAUGGAUUUUUAUUAAUAAAUGGCAUUUUGGUUGCUUGUU